UGCAAGUCAGGAACUAUCGCGGCCGCGUGGCGCCCGCGCCGUGUCGCCAGUCUUGCCGAUUUCGAACGCCGAUCCGACAGAUCGACGCGCGAGCGGUGCCAGAGAAACGCGUCAAAAUCACCUUACUUACACGCAAACUCUCCGAUCUUGCGAACUUUUCCCGAUGUUGUCCCGCGUCCGCGCGUUUCCACCUUUUCGUUCGCGCGAGUAGUUUCUUUUUUUUUUUCUUUUAUGGAAACCCGCAGAAACGGAAGCGCCGCGGUACCGAUCUGCGAGCGGGGAUAUAUGUAAGCAAGAAGCGCGACGCGCGCGCGUUACAGUGAAACAGAGGGAUUCUUCACAACAGAAUGGAUAAAGACUUUCGCCGGAAGUACAAAAAAAUGCGAUGUGGUCUGCUUCAUCUGCUGCUGAUAGUGGGGGGUGCAACAGGUUUGAAAGAUUUGAAGAUAAACGUACCAGCUAUGGUGAGAUCAGGCGAUACCGUAACAUUGUCAUGCAAUUAUGACCUGGAGGGCUUACCUUUGUACACGAUACAAUGGUUUUUCAAUGAUGUUGAAUUUUAUCGCUUUGUACCCGACCGCAAGCCAGAACCCUACAGCACUUUCGGUAUCGUUGGUGUACACGUAAACGUUUCCAAAUCGAACACGAACGACGUGACAUUGGUGGACGUGUCCAGGGAGCUUACCGGGUCCUACAAGUGCGAGGUGUCUGCUGGCAGCCCUUCCUACCACACCAUGAUCGAAAAGGCCAAGAUGGAAGUAGCCGACGCUCCAAAAACGGAUCCUGUGAUUCGUACCGAGAAGGAGCGCAUAGCAAUGGGCGAGACGCUACGAGCGAACUGCACCUCAGGCAAAUCCUGGCCCACCCCCGCCGUUACGUGGAGACUCAACGGGGUACCCAUCAUGGAAGACAAUAUGCAAUACAAAAUAUGGCAUUCUGAAGAUAAUCACGAAAACAACACAAAGUCUGCAAAAUCUUUUAUCGAGUUUAAAGUGACGAACAGUAUGUUUCAAGAGAAAAGACACCUACACUUGCGCUGCACGGCCUUCAUUGCAGACAUUUAUCGAAAAUCCGUGGACAUCGAAAUUACCGAAGACAUGCCGCGUAUCGCAUCGAUCACCGGCGAAUCACCACCAUAUGGACACCGAGCGAACGGAUGCGCCGGACAGAAUUGGCCCUGGAAUGGUAAUCGCGGCGCGGCAAUAAUAAUGGCUAUCAUGGCGGCCACCCUGUUCCUGAUGAUGACAUCGCUGACGAUGACGGUACCCCCGAUAACGAAUGUACUACCGAGGUGCGAGCCGUCGGUUAGCAGGUAGCUCGCGGGCAUCCUCCAUGAAGAUAUCACUACUGCCACUGUCUGAUCCGAUUACAUCGUCCAUGUAAAACCUAGUAGUCUAGGGCUUCCAGUUAUAUAUGUUACUAUGUAUAGAAUAGAUAGUCGAAUAACGAUGAUUUUUAUUCUCGAGGAGCCUACGAAAGGGAAAGAAUGAAACGGUGAAACGCUGGCGGAUCGGCGCGAGGCUAAUUCAUAUACAGUUACUUUUAAACAUGUUGUCUUUUGAUGUAAAUUGUUGAUCACUAAUAAGAAAAUGAGAGAAACAGAUGAAAGAUAAAGCGGCAUCCGUGUAUCAAGACAUAGGGAAGAAUAGUGGCUAUUUAAAGUAUGGGGUGAACAUGACAAUUAUAACAAACCGAGGGGAUUAACUUCGUAUUCGUCGGGAUUAGAAGUUGAUAUUCCGUUUCGAUAACAACGGAAUGGAGAACAAAUGAUAGAGAUUAAAUUUUCGUUAUUAUUUUCUGAUUUAAAUUUUCCGACGGAACACACGUCGAUAGCACACGUGCUAUAAAUGCGGUAUUUAUUAGUGAUCGGAGUGUUCACCAAGUGUCAAAUAUAGAUUAUACAGGGGUAAUUAUAUGAUAACUGAUAUAAUAACGUUAGCGCAGUAACGAGCGGCGUUCUGCUCAAUAUUCGCUCCUUUUAUGAUGUCUAACAGAAAACGCAAGAUAGGUACUGAUUUGUAAUCUGUACAAAUUGUAAUAAAUUAUAAUACGAACCGUAAACAUGA